UAUCUAUUUAAACGGGAAGAUACUACCCACAAAGCUGUAAAAGCAGACAACUACGACAGCCAGAGGCUAAGCAGACAAAGUGGGGUAAUGGCCAGGUGGCAGGAAACCACACAUCUUGUAAACAGUGGGGAACCUUGGGCGACAAAGAAAAAGCAGGAACCUCCAGACAGACAGGAAACCACACAUUCGGAGCAGUAAGUGCCCUGGAGGCAGACAAGAAAAGGGGAUAAAAGGUGGAACUCCCCUUGGCCCCAAGGCAACCUUCUGCUCAUAUCAUGCCGUCAGUACAAUAAAAUUAGCCUUGCAGAUAAGAAAUUCCCAUCAUCACGCACUUACACGGUGACACUUCCGAUAAAGGCUAAAUAAGGCCGAAAACCCUUACUCUCCUCUGGGAGGUGGAGCUGGGAUGAAAAUCAGGGAAUAGGACCCUCAAGCCCCUCCCUCCCGCAUGGACACUCCACCCCUUCGUUUCCGCGCAUCGCGAAGGGGCUGGCCAGACACACUCAGGGCCGCGGCUCCCCGAAAAGACUGCCCACUCUUUUCUUGAGAGAGUACUACCGCUCGAAUAAAUCCUCCCUUUGUUUCUUGACCUCCCCAUUUGCUCUGAAUUCUGAGGAGAUAAGAACCUAUCCUCCGAAACCAUCUUUGGCGGAAGGGCUCCUGAGCAGGAAAAUUCGAAAUACCUCUAACUCGGAGACCAAGCUGGAGGGGAUCUGAGGCUUCUCUCCCAUUCCCUUGCUUGCCGUCCUGCAAAAAAUGCUGUUUUCUUCUUCACCACGGAGAAUUCAGAAGAUCAUCUUUGCUGCCGGUACAUUGGCUUUGCUUCGCAGCAGAUUUGGGGGAAUUCAUCAUAAUCUCAGUAAAACACAGGAGAAAACGUUCCAGGCACGUGGACAUCAUUUUUCAUAUGCAUCAUGUUACAGGAAAACAGAAUUGAUGCUGGAAACAUGUCAAAAGAUAUGCACACAUGACCUGAAUGAAUGGACUGGCUGUUGAGCCCCAAUUCCCGCACUGUUGACGCUGGAGCGGACGUGGGGGUUCCGUUUUGGAAGUGAGGAAAAGUAUCCCUGAACAGGAGCCCUGUCGUGGGAGCCACGUGGCUCACUGGGGGGGCCUCCUACCCGCUUCGGGGGCGGGGCGACCCUUCCCUCCGCCCUGGGCAGGAAUGGGGGCUGUGGAGGCUGUACUGUCAGCCGGAUGCUGGAUGGUAACUGCUGAGAAGAGAGCAGCACGUGGCUUCUCCGUCGGCAGGCAGAGCUCUUCAGUGCGGUGGGCUCCAGGAGGGCUCUGUGCCUCUGCUCAGCCGAGCUCCAGUGGAAGCCUAGGGAGGCAGGAGAGGUGCGGAGCUGCAGCUACUGCCCCGCUCCAGAGAGGGCUGGACACUCUCCCUCGGCUGCAGGUGCAGGAGCAGCCGGGCUUACCUCCACCUGAGCCAUGCCGGCCAGCCUCACAGAGGACAGCCCAGUGACCAACGGGACGAGCACGCCGGAUUCUCCGGUCCUUUGCACUGCAACAGUGACUUUCACUGCAGUAGCGGAAGGAGAGGAGUGGGGGUCCUUCUACUACUCCUUUAAGACUGAGCAGUUGAUAACUCUGUGGGUCCUCUUUGUUUUCACCAUUGUUGGAAAUGCCGUUGUGCUGUUCUCUACAUGGAGGAGGAAGAGGAAGUCGAGAAUGACCUUCUUUGUGACUCAGCUGGCCAUCACAGACUCUUUCACAGGACUGGUUAACAUCUUGACAGAUAUCAUUUGGCGAUUCACUGGAGACUUCAUGGCACCUGAUCUGGUUUGCCGAGUGGUCCGCUAUUUACAGGUCGUGCUGCUCUACGCCUCUACCUAUGUCCUGGUGUCCCUCAGCAUAGACAGAUACCAUGCCAUCGUCUACCCCAUGAAGUUCCUGCAAGGAGAAAAGCAGGCCAAGAUCCUCAUCGCGAUUGCCUGGAGUCUCUCCUUCCUGUUCUCCAUUCCCACCCUGAUCAUAUUUGGGAAGAGGGAACUCUCCAAUGGCGAAGUGCAGUGCUGGGCCCUGUGGCCCGAUGACUCCUACUGGACGCCAUACAUGACCAUCGUGGCCUUCCUGGUGUACUUCAUCCCCCUGACCAUCAUCAGCAUCAUCUAUGCCAUUGUGAUCAGAACUAUUUGGAUCAAGAGCAAAGCCCAUGAGACGGUGAUUUCCAAUUGUUCGGAUGGAAAGCUGUGCACCAGUUACAACCGAGGGCUCAUCUCAAAGGCAAAAAUCAAAGCUAUCAAGUACAGCAUAGUCAUCAUUCUCGCCUUCAUCUGCUGUUGGAGUCCGUACUUCCUCUUCGACAUUUUGGACAAUUUCAGCCUCCUUCCAAACACCAAGGACCGUUUCUACGCCUCUGUGAUCAUUCAGAACCUUCCGGCCCUGAACAGUGCCAUCAACCCCCUCAUCUACUGUGUUUUCAGCAGCUCUAUCUGCUUCCCCUGUGGGGAGCAAAGAUCACGGGACUCCAGAAUGACAUGUCGGGAAAGAAUUGAGAGGCAUGAGAUGCAGGUUCUUUCCAAGCCAGAAUUCAUGUAGACCCUGGAGCAGUGGUAGUGCUAGGCUGAGCCCUACCAGCUUUCCUGGGUCCUGAUCACCACCUUGGGUAUGUGCACAAAAGACUGAGCCAACUUCUCCACCCUGCAUUUUUCAUCCCUUGGGGCAAAUGUCCUAAUCAGUGUGUGUUACCUGCUUGGCAAGUGCUGGCCAACAUGAAGCCAUGAACUGUUCAGCCAGCCAGGAAAGGCGCUCCUUCCUUCCCUGCUCCGAGCUGUCUGUCUGACUGGUCAGCACCAGAAUCAAUGGACAGAGACAUCGCUAGCCCAGGGUCCAGACUUGGGCAAGCAGAGGGAACUAAAGAAGCAUGGUGGUAUGUGUUUCUUAUAAUUACAAUUUAAGAAGUAAAUAAAAGGCUUACCUGGUCCUA